AUGAUCAAAAGUAUCAAACAGCAACAUUCAAUGGCAAAGUUCAUGAUGAAAACAACUGCCAAUCAAAAUGUAAUGAUUUUUCAUCAAGCCAAGCAGCAAGGUUUUCAUCAAAACGUAAAACUUGCAAAUAAUCAAAAUGCUCAACUCUCACAUUUGGUGAUCGGAGGAGGUUCUGGAUUUUUAGGUAAACAAGUUUUGAAACAAUUGUUAAAAUCACACAAAGGUGCUGCUGGUGAUGGUUUCACUCAAUUUCAGGAUGAAUUGUCAAAUCUUUCACAAAUUACAAUAAUUUCAAGAAAUCCAAAAGAAACUAAACUUGCAUUAGAAAAAGAAUUGAAAAAUUUGAAUUUGGAAAAGAAUAGUUUAAUUCAAAUUGGUGUAAAGAAUUGGAAAGAUGAUGAUUCAGUUUUUCUGUUCAAUCAUCAAAUAUUUGAUGAGAAGGAAACUUAUGGACGUGAUAAGAAAGUUGCUGCUAUUAAUUUGAGUGGUGUUUCUAUUGGAAAGCAAAGUUGGACUCCCAAAUAUAGAAAGGAAAUAUUCGAAUCUAGAACCAAAACUACUUUGGAUUUGAUUCAAUAUUUGGAUUCAUUUGGUGAAAGUGCUAGUACAUUUAUUGGAACAUCUGCUGUUGGUUUUUAUCCAUGCACCACUGAUGGAAACCAAACUAAUGUUUACACUGAAGAUUUGACAACUCCUGCCAACAAUCAAUUUGGUGAGCUCACUAAUGCAGUUGAAGAAGCCAUCAAAAACACAAAUUCCAACAAUAUCAAAAACAAGAUUAUCAUGAGACCAGGUGUUUUAAUUGGUAAAGGAGGAGGUGUUUUAAAUGACAUGAUGGUUCCAUAUAUUGGAUUGGCUAUUCCAAUAGUUUUUGGAAAUGGAAAUCAACCAUUUAGUUGUAUCCAUCUUGAAGAUGCUGCAAAUAUGUACAUUCACGCAUUAUAUCAAAACUUUAAUUCCCAAAAUAAGCAAGUUGCAAUUUACAAUACUGUAAUGCCUGAAUUGGUCAAUUUCAAACAAUUUGUAAAGUGUUUGAAUUCCAAAGCAAAUCCAUUCUCGUUCCCACUUAUUCCAUUCCCUUACUCAAUUGUAAAGACUAUCUUUGGUAAGGAGAGAGCUCAAUUAUUAUGUGAAGGCCAAUUCGUCCUUCCUGCAAGAGCUCAACAAGAAAAUUUCCAAUUUAAAUAUCCAACUCUUGAUUCAAUGAUUGAACAAGUCACCUCACGCAAAUAA